AAGAUUGUUGCGGUUGUCACAAUGCCGCUGCAUCGGGUCAGCUAAGACCCGACCCGCUUUCAAACGGUUGCCCGAAAGAAAAAUCAUGGAAGGAGGAGCACUUAAUCGCUUAUCUUAAAUUGCAAAACUAAUUUCGAUGCAUAGAGAAUCAGAACACCAGAAUCCCAUUUCAUACCUCAGUCUUCACGCUUCGCUUGUUGCUUACUCCAAAACCCUAGAACAAUGCUUCUCCAACCCUCUUCACUCCACCAACACGUCUCUCUCUCGUCUACCCUCUCGUACUCUCGUUCUCUCCCAUCUGGGUUUCGCAGUAUUUCCCUUUUCCGGGUAGUUCGGCACCAGAACACUGCAAUUACGUGUUCAAUUUCUCGAGUUCGCAGCUAUGGCACCAUGGACUACGAGAGAAGGUCCAUGGUGAAGUGGAACGCUAUAUUCAGGAGAAUAUCUCUGAAGGAGGGCCCAGAGAAGGGGGCUGCCGCUGUGUUGAAUCAGUACGAGAAGGAGGGGAGGAGUCUCAACAAGUGGGAGCUUUCUAGGAUUGUCAAGGAGCUGAGGAAGUUCAAGAAAUUCAAGCUUGCUCUUGAAGUGUAUGACUGGAUGAAUAACAGAGAAGAAAGGUUUAGAGUAUCCACCAGCGACACUGCAAUUCAACUAGAUCUAAUUGCUAAAGUGCACGGAAUUCCAAGUGCUGAAGAUUACUUCAUCAGGCUACCUGACAGGUUGAAGGAUAAAAGAAUAUAUGGAGCUCUUUUAAAUGUGUAUGUACGGGCUAGAAUGAGGGAAAAGGCCGAAUUGUUAAUGAAUAAAAUUAGAAAUAAAGGUUAUGCCAUGACAUCUCUUCCAUUCAAUGUGAUGAUGACUCUUUAUAUGCACCUAAAAGAGCAUGAUAAAGUGGAGUUAAUGAUCUCAGAGAUGAUGGAGAAAAACAUACAGCUAGAUCCAUACUCCUACAAUAUAUGGUUAUCAUCUCGUGGAUCCCAAGGAUCUGCAGAGAGGAUGGAACAGGUUUUUGAACAGAUGAAAUUAGACAGAACCAUUAUUGCCAACUGGACUACAUUCAGUACAAUGGCUACAAUGUACUGUAAGCUGGGGCAGUAUGAGAAAGCUGAGGAUUGCUUAAAGAAGCUUGAAAGUAGAAUCGUGGGCCGGAAUCGAACGCCUUAUCAUUACCUUAUUAGUCUAUAUGGCAGUGUUGGUAAAGAAGACGAGGUUUAUCGAGUAUGGAACGUCUACAAGUUAACUUUUCCCAGCAUCCCAAAUACGUGUUACCAUGCUGUGAUCUCUUCUCUGGUUAGGGUAGGUAAUAUUGAAGGGGCAAAGAAGAUUUAUGAGGAUUGGCUGUCAGUUAAGUCAACUUAUGACCCUAGAAUAGGGAAUCUUUUCAUAGGUUGGUAUGUCAGAGAAGGAUUUCUGACGGAAGCUCAGGACUUCUUUGACCAUAUGGUUGAAGUUGGAGGAAGGCCAAAUCCAGGUACAUGGGAGAUUCUUGCUGAAGGGCAUAUUCAAGAGAGAAGGAUUCCCGAGGCUUUGUCUUGCUUGAAGGAAGCUGUUUUGGCUGAUUGGUCAAACCAUUGGAAGCCAAAGCCUACUAAUGUCCUGUCACUCCUUGAGCAAUGUGAGCAAGAAGCUGACCAAGAAAAUAAGGAAGUUUUGAUGGAAUUGUUGAGGCAAAGGGGUUGCCUUGAAAAUAAAGCUUAUUUAUCACGAAUUGGCAUGUCUAAUGGGGCUGUUACUGCGGAGGAUCUCUCAACCGAGACAGAUAGAACUGAUGAUAACAAUGACAAUGAAGAGGCUGAGGAUAAUCCAGACGAAAUGAUUUUUGAAUCAAUUGCAGGGUAGGAUGCGGGGGUGUUCUUUCUCAGGGGUGUAUUUAUAAGGUGCCAUGAGCUUCAAUUUUGAGUUUACACAGAAAGAUUUCUUACCACCUUAAUAUGGCACUUACUAGGGGCUGAACAGAAAACUUUCUGCAUAUUUUGGCCAAGUAUGCAGAGCAUAUAAAAGAUCACAGCGUGGGGUCUCAUCCUCAUGGCAAGCAGUGGCUUCUGAGAAAUACCCACCCCCAUGCAAGAGGAUUGCACCUACGACUCUGCUGUAGAGUUUUGAGUUUGGCCAUGUAAUUGGCCUUGUUUGCUAUUUGCCACCUUUGUCUGUUUAUUUUGAAAAACUGAUUUAGCUUUGCAGUGGGGUAAAAAAGGGAAUAUCAUUCUGUACGCAAAAUCUUUUAGGAGGUUCAAAUUCAAAACUCAGUUAUAUUGUAUGGGAGAUGCAUUGCUUUGAAUCCCCAGAAAUGUAUGGAAGUCAUUUUUUUUU